GGGAGUCGCGGGGCUCGGGGACCCCGGCGGGAGUGGGAGAUCUCCGGCGUGUGCCGGCCCUGCCCGCCCCGGCUCGGUCUGCUUUCUUAAAAGAGCCGCAGGUACCAGCUCUGGCAGCUCCAUGGCAUUCUUCCUGGAGCACUCGAGGGGCGCAAAGCUUCGGGCUCAGUGACUUUUUCUUGCCCUUCCCCCGCCCCUCCCGACCACAAUUAGAGCGGCUCUGCCCUGGCAGCCUCCCCCGCGCCGGGCUCCACGCAGGUAAAGGGUUACGGAUUCUCGGAAGUGUUCAAUGCAAACUUUGAAGGAUUUUAUUUUCAUCUGCGGUCACAUGACCCCUUAAUACCCAAUGACACUGACUCCGGCGGCUCCUCCAGAGGUCGGCCAAACUCCGGGGCCAAACAGGGCAGCCCCACAUUUUGGCCAUCCACGCGCCGGAGGCUCGCGGAGCCAUGGGAGACGGUGAUCGGCCGAGCCCGCCGCCGGUUCCUCUGCCUGCAACACCCAGGAAGGAAAAUUAAACUUUUCAAGAUAGACUAAUGGACAAUCCCCCCACAGAUGGUAACAAAAAAUAAUCCAGAUGGGGUGCAGGUGCUGUAAAAUGAUACAAAGCUAUCUCUUUGAGCCAGUUCACGCUCCACCUGCUGGUUAUGUCAACGAAGUAAACAGUUACAAGCUAGAGGAAGAAGAUGGUAUCAAAUCCCAAAGCAAAGAGAGUCAGGAAAUCCUUGCCAGGACCGAAGCCAAAAACAGACUGAACAGCGCACAGGAGCCCUUUUGGCACCACCGCGGCCCCACCUCCCCGGGGGAUCAUCCUGCCAUCAUGAAGACAGACCCCACUCUCAACGGCGUGGGUUCGGGCCCGGCUCCGCCGCCCAGCGUCCGGCCCAGUCCGAGCCAGGGCCACGAAACCCCUCCCCGCGAGAGUGGCAGCGGGUCUUUGGCCAGCGCCGCGAGCAACGGGGACUCUGAUGGACACUUUGCUAGAGAAGGUGACCCAGAGAAGCGAGAUCAUCAUCACGGAGCCGCGGCCGAGGCUCGGGUCAUCCUAAACGGAGACUCCCACGCUUUGGGAGAAAGCGUGUCCUCCCCGGGAAGUCACCACACGCUGGAGGCCCCCGACCACAUCCUCCAGCUCCCCGUGCCCGACUAUCCUCGGGUGGAGGUGCGGGUGAUUGGCCAGGGCGCCAAUGAAAAUGGCCAUUUCCUGAGCAACCACAUCCAGCCCGAGCCCACGGACAGAGUGGAUCAUGCAAGUGGGGACCACCUGGUCAAGCUGUCCUUUUCUAAAAGGAGGAGCUGGGAUUCAUUACAUGAAGCCAUUAAAACUGAAGCCUUAACUAUUGACUUGGACGAGGAGGUGGCAAAGCAGGACCCUGCCUGGAGCUGUGAACAGGAGGAUGCUGCCGUGGCGGAAGCCCUCGCAGCUCUGGAAGCUGCCACCGCAGGGGAGGAUGGCGAGGAGGGAUACUAGGGAGAAGGGCUUACCUCGUGCUCCAGGAGGGAGGAGGACUUCUUCCCCAGGGGACCAGAUCCCACAGGUAAGUAAGCCACUGCCCGGACGGAAAGCAGACAUCUGGGAGUUGCAUUAGUUCCUUUGGACAGAGUCUGGCCCUCGGGUCAUUCAGAUUGGGCCAGCUGGAAGCUUCUGGUGAUAGUGAGUGCCCAAGGAGAAGCACCAGACUGACCUCGGCACUUAGCCCCGUGCUUGGUACACAAUAGGUGCUUAAUAAUGGAGUUAUUGACCAAUCCCCAAAUCCCCCAGUAACAUGAAAAGGAUCUGUGGUAAACAUACUCUUAAAACAACAAACAGCACCUUCUCUCCCUCCCCCAGCAAAGCCUCACCAAUGGCCAACUCCUCACCUGGUUUUUAUUGGACCAAGCUGGGCUAGCCCCUUCUAACUCACAUCCUCCUGGUCCAAGAGGGCUAAUGCAUUCCUUGGGAGUAUCUAACAUCUGUCCAGAGUGGCUUACUUUCAGUAGGAACUGGGUCCAUAAGUAAUCACUGACUGUUGAACUUGUAAAAAUUGUCUGGUCUUGAAGGUAAAACAGAAUCAAUUCAUGAAUAAAUGAUUAGCCCCCAGUGGGGCUGUCUCAAAUACCUUGACCUUAACUUUUUUCACAUGACUAUACCUCUCUCUUUUAAAAAUUGGGGGGUGGGUUCAAAAUAGUAGCAUUGUAUGUUGUUGCCCCUCAGAUUUUGUUUAGAUUUGUUCAUUACGCCCCAGAGGGCAGAGGAGGGGGUAGAGUUGCAAAGUAGCAAAAGACUUGAUGUAAGGAAGAGUCUGAAGAGAGCUAUAAUUUAAAAUUGGAAGGGGCUGCUUUGGGAGAGAACAGGGAUCCAUCACUGGAUGUCUUCACACAAAAGUGAUCCCUUGUUAAUAGAGGGGAUUGUUAUUAAGGUGAGGUGGGACCAGAUAUUCUUCUAAGGCUGGGUGUGUGUGUGUGUGUGUGUGUGUGUGU